UAUCCUUAUUUUUUUUGAAAUAAUUAAAAAAAUAUAUAUAUUCCAAACGUAAAAAAUAAUAAUAAAAUUAUACAGUUAUGAUAUCAUGUACUCACUUCUUUGCACACUAAAAAAACCCACAUUACGCAAUUAUCGAUUUAAAAAUUUUAUUUGAUUUACCUUAUUCUAUUUUUAUUUUGAAAUCACGAUUGAAUAAUGAACCAACCACAUUGUUAUUUUCUUUGAUAAAAUAAUUUACUUUUACGAUAUGGCCAUCUUGAGACUUCAAAGUAUUGAAAAAGAUGAUCAAGAAUAGGUUGAAAGCCCUAAACCUAUACUACCGUAAUUUCGUAGCAGCGAAUAUGCAAACGAAUGCAAAGGCGGUUCCUUGCAUGGAUGAUUCAAGGAAUUCUAAAAUAUUUUACAUAACUAUGGAACACGACAUUUCCAUAAAUAGUGAAAUCGAGAAGGACCUUGAAAAUGGUUCCGAUCAGCACAAUUCCUAUAAAUUCUCCACCGUUUUUCCCCCGUAUUUUAUCGUAUUCACAACUGUGAUUCAACUCGCCUUUUUCGUAUACUAUUUAAUCGUUACAAAUGGAUUCAACUCCAUCAAUCCGACCAUAAAAAACAAUUCUUUCAUAUAUGACUCUCAAAAACCGAACGACUUUUGGAGAAUAUUCACUUAUAUGUUUGUCCAUUUUGAAUGGGGACACUUGAUAACGAACUUAUUAGGACAGCUAAUCACGGGAAUCCCUUUAGAAAAGGCGCAUGGCCAUUUUAGAACAUCGGUCAUAUAUAUUUCGUCGAUCAUAGGAGGUUCAAUCGGUGCGUCGAUUUGGGAAAAAGUUCAAUUUAAGAUGUUGGGAUCAUCUAGUGCCGUAUAUGGACUAUCGUUUGCACAUUUAUCCAACCUAAUUCUCAAUUUUCACUCAACAUCAAUGCGUAUGAUCAAAGUUAUAUUCCUGCUAUUUCUAACGAUGUACGAAUCAAUCACAAUUCUCAUUCCUUAUUCCUCCUUUGGAAGGAGCCCCGUAUCAAAUAAUAUACCGCUCUUACCUCCGCAAUUUACAAUCGUCAAUAGCGAAACUUAUAACAGGCCAGUUACGAAUUUGAAUUUCAAAAAUUUUAGCCAUGAUGAAUCUCUAAUCCACUACUCCUUUAGAAGCAAUAAUGUUAACAAUGUCAAUUUCUUUCGUUUAUCCACGUUUGCGAGUCAAAUAGUAUCUAUCGAUGAUAACAAAUCUCAAAAACCUUGGAUACUUUUACCCAACGAGCUAUAUUAUGAUACCAAUGCGGAUGCUGACUUUUUAGUAAGAGUUAGCCACGUGAGCCAUGUAACUGGGGCCUUGGCUGGCUUUCUGAUUGGGUUAAUAUUUUUGAAGGUCAUGUCGGAAAAGAGUACAAUGGUUGUUACUAAAGCGAUCCAGGAUGGUUGGCGGCAAAAGUUCGGGGCAGAAUUAAUUAUUGCCCAUUUCUAUAAACGUUGGAGAGUCUUCCUAAAACUCACUAGCGCGUUUUUGGUUAUCGGUCUUACCACAAUGACGUCACUUUAUUUCAUCCAUAAAAAUUAUAUAAUUCAAUGAGCUUGCAUUUUAUUGUAUUAACAUGAGUACUAUAUCACAUCGUUAUACAUCGACAAUUAAUUAUUAAAGAACAAACUAUGCAUUUCAAAUAUAUCAUUGGCAAAACGUUCAAUUUACGUUGUUGUGCAAAAUGAUGAUGUAUGCAAGAUAUUUUGAUUAUUAUUUAAAGAAAUACGAUAUAUUCAUAUUUUAUAUAA